AUGCUCUGUAAUGUGAUUGAAAAGCAAAAACCAAAAUGUUAUCAAUAUUGGCCAGAAAAAGUUGGCCAAACAGCGAAUUUCAAUCAAAUAACCUUAAAAACAAUCAGUGUUACUUGCAUUGAAGGUGGCAACAUUACAGUAACUAAAAUCAAAAUGGACUGUGAAAAUGAGAGUCGCAUUCUUUAUCACCGACAUUGGACCACAUGGCCAGAUCAUGGUGCACCGACAACUGUCAUGGUACCAUUUUCCCUCCUACAGUCAGCAAGAGAGCAGAAAAGGCCAGUUGUUGUCCACUGCUCAGCCGGCAUCGGUCGAACGGGAACUCUUGUCCUAGUGGAGAUGAUUUUAAGGUAA